GAGUGCAGAAAGUGAAACGAAUCACACUCCCACUUCAUUUGUUUCUAGGGAUUUAGAUAAUUCUGGGAAUACUUGUUUCUGUGCUGAAGAAUCCAUGUGUCCUAUUCUGAAUGGCUAGCCAUUAGAAACACCUAAUGAAUGAAGUUCAGAUGGCUGUGUAUGACCAAACAUAUUCCAUUCCCUGCCAACUGGCAUUCAGAUCUUUAAAUAGGUAGUUAUUUUGAUACAGAAGCAUAACAUGGCCUCUCUGAACCUUGUGGGAACAGCCAUUGAAUUUGAUUUCUGGGCCACAGUAAGUCGGAAGUAAAGCAACUUUAUUUUUAUUUUUUUAUAUCUACACCUGUUGAUUGCUCUUCAGAACUGUAGUGAAACGAUCCUUCAGUUCAUGUUUCUGCUCCUCAAGAAGGAAAUCUAGAGCUAUAUUUACUGUCUACUUAGUGUGGUGAUAGCACAGACUGUAGGUUGCCGGAGGGAUCGCUUACCCUUUCCAAAACUGGUUCCAGCAGUUGCAACUUUUUUCUUCGUUGGUUGUCUAGUCUUUCAGAUGGGCCAUAAAAAACCUUGGAAUAACUGGAUUUCUACAUAAACUGAAAAUGUAUUACAGCUGCAAUAUAUCAGUAAUUUAAAAAGCAGAACAAAUGUCUUUUUCCUCCAAAUUCCCCCCGUCUUGGAAUGACAAAGCUCCUAUUCGUAAGGUGGAGAUUGACCUGAGCUCACCAGGGCUGGCAGUUUUUGAACUGGAAAGACUCCUCUUCACUGGGAAAGCCAUUGUCAACCAUGCCGAUGAAGUGUGGCCCAGACUUUACAUUGGAGACCAACACAGCGCUAUGAACAUCGCCCAGCUGGCCAACCAUCGUGUCACGCACGUCUUAAACGCAAACCACAGUAAACGACGUGACGGGGCGGAGAUAUACCAGGGCACGAACAUCAAGUACUUAGGAAUUGAGGCCCGUGACUCUUCUGAUUUUGACAUGAGCUCCAACUUUCACACAGCUGCCGAGUUCAUCCACAGGGCUCUCAGCAGAGGAGGGGUAGUCCUGGUGCACUGUGCAGUAGGUGUAAGCCGUUCAGCCACCCUGGUGCUGGCCUACCUCAUGCUGAAACAGAACCUGACCCUGGUGGAUUCCAUAUGCGCUGUGAAGGUCACCCGCGGUAUCAUCCCAAACAGAGGUUUCCUCAGACAGCUCAUCAACCUGGAGACCAAACUGUGCGGCUGCCUCCGCAAAACCCACAUUUAGAAACAUUGGUUAUAUCAGAUUACGUUCUGUUUAAUUCCCAUUUCCUCUGUUUGAGAUGUUGGUCACAAACCUUUUUAUAUUGUUUGCAUUAUUUGUAUUGGCUGUGUGACAUGGGUUUGAAAUUCUGCUUUUCUAGCUAUGAAAUGUGUACACACAGUAUCGACCUUUAGAGAUAUGAGACAUCACUGAUUGUUAGGGGGUUAAACUUGAAAAAUCUGUGUUA